GAGAGAGGAAUAGGGGAUGUUGUGUCCUGGAAUUCAAUUGUGUCAGCUUAUGUUCAGAGUGGAGAUUCGAAGAAUGCACUCUCAAUGUUUGAUCGGAUGAUGGGCGAUUUUAGUGUACGCCCAGAUGCUUUUAGCUUAGUUAAUGUUCUUCCUGCUUGUGCUUCGGCUGGGGCACCAAUGUGGGGUAAGCAGAUUCACAGUUAUGCUAUUAGGAGAGGAUUAUUUGAAGAUGUGUUUGUGGGUAAUGCCGUUGUUGAUAUGUAUGCUAAGUGUGAGAUGAUGGAUGAGGCAAACAAGGUAUUUGAGAUGAUGGAAGAAAAGGAUGUGGUUUCUUGGAAUGCCAUGGUUACUGGGUAUUCUCAGAUUGGUAGACUUGAUGAUGCUAUUGGUUUUUUUGAGAAGAUGAGGGAGGAGAAGAUUGAGUUGAAUGUUGUCACUUGGAGUGCUGUGAUUGCAGGGUAUGCUCAGAGGGGACACGGUUAUGGAGCGCUGGAUGUGUUUCGGCAAAUGCAGGCGUGUGGCUCUGAGCCAAAUGCUGUUACCCUCAUAUCUCUUCUUUCAGGGUGUGCCUCUGCUGGAGCACUGAUUCAUGGAAGGGAAACUCAUUGUUAUGCAAUAAAAUGGAUCCUGAACCUAGACAGAAAUGACCCUGGAAAUGAUAUAAUGGUAAUCAACGGUCUGAUUGACAUGUAUACUAAAUGCAAGAGUCCCAAAGUUGGACGAAUGAUGUUUGAUUCUGUUGCACCAAAGAAAAGGAAUGUGGUGACUUGGACUGUGUUGAUUGGUGGAUAUGCCCAACAUGGGGAAGCUAAUGAGGCACUAGAACUCUUCUACCAGAUGCUCAGACAGGAUUUUCCCCUAAAGCCAAACGCUUUUACUAUAUCUUGUGCCCUGAUGGCUUGUGCUCGUCUGGGUGCCCUGAGGUUUGGUAAGCAAAUUCAUGCUUUUGUACUACGCAAUCAGUAUGAUUUUGUGAAGCUGUUUGUGGCCAAUUGCCUUGUUGAUAUGUAUUCCAAAUCUGGAGACAUUGAUGCUGCUAGAGUUGUGUUCGACUACAUGCAACAAAGGAAUGCUGUUUCUUGGACUUCACUAAUGACAGGUUAUGGAAUGCAUGGUCGCGGUGAAGAAGCCCUGCAAGUUUUUGAUGAGAUGAGGAGAGUGGGGCUGGUGCCUGAUGGUGUAACCUUUGUUGUUGUCCUCUAUGCUUGCAGCCAUUCUGGAAUGGUUGAUGAAGGAAUGAGGUACUUUAACAGCAUGAGCACGGAUUUUGGGGUUGUUCCUGGGGCAGAACACUAUGCUUGCAUGGUUGACAUCUUGGGUCGUGCUGGUCGCUUGGAUGCCGCAUUGGCGCUGAUCAAAGGCAUGCCUAUGCAACCAACACCAAUUACAUGGGUGGCCUUGCUCAGUGCUUGCAGGACCCAUGGGAAUGUUGAACUUGGUGAAUAUGUUGCACAUCAGUUAUCAGAGACGGAGUCAGAGAAUGAUAGUUCAUGUACAUUGCUUUCAAACAUAUAUGCCAAUGCCAGGCGUUGGAAAGAUGUGGCCAGAAUCAGAUUGUUAAUGAAACAUACGGGCAUCAAGAAGAAGCCCGGUUGCAGUUGGGUGCAAGGAAAGAAAGGCAAUGCAACCUUCUUUGUGGGUGAUAGGACUCAUCCACAGUCUCAAGAAAUUUAUGAGACCCUUGCUGACUUGAUUAAACGGAUCAAAGACAUUGGAUAUGUCCCUGAGACAAGCUAUGCACUUCACGAUGUCGAUGAUGAAGAGAAAGGAGACCUUCUUUUCGAGCAUAGUGAGAAGUUGGCUUUGGCCUAUGCAAUCCUAACUACUCCACCAGGCGCACCUAUCCGGAUCACCAAGAACUUACGUGUCUGUGGAGAUUGCCAUAGUGCGAUUACCUACAUAUCCAAGAUUGUUGAGCAUGAAAUCAUAUUGAGGGACUCAAGUCGCUUUCAUCAUUUCAAGAACGGAUCCUGCUCCUGCCGAGGCUAUUGGUGACAAAAGAAGUUAUCCUAGUUUGGAUAUCAAAAGAUUUGCAGUGGUGGGAUAUCAUCACUCACAUGGUUUUACAAUGUUUGCUAUGGGCAAUUUCUGGAAGAUUUGGGAUCCUCAUAGGUGUUCUGCAUGCCCGUAAAGUAAAGUAAAGGU